GCGAGUGGUGGUACGGGUGCUGACACAGGUGUUCAUCUUGCCGCUCAAAGCCCCUGGAGUGCUAGCACUGUUCAAAAUUCCCAUGGUUGACAGCAUGCAUGCACGCCGAGCACAGGCAAUCGAUGAACAUGCAGUUUCCUCAUCCUUUCCCUCUCGCCAUCACCUUGAACUGGCCCAACGAUGUCUUCAGGUCACUUUUUUGAGGGUUCAUCCAAGAUACAUUUCUCUGGCAAUCCGUUAUUUACGAAUGCAAAGAAGGUCACAAUCAACAACUAUUCAGCGCCAGCACGCACGGCACCCGAACUUGGAAUAUUGAGCACUCGGAGGGACGACGACCAAUGGUUGACUUUGCGUGGCAGCGGACAAAGGCUCAGACGGAUCGACAUGUGCGAUGUACUCAUCCUGCGCGAGGUGUCCUCAGAGACGCAUCGUCUAUCGGUCAAAUUGAAGCCCACGAACCCAUUCCGAAACAGAGUGAAAAGUUUUGUGAAGAUCCGGAAAAGGAGACAAAGUGCGGAAAUUGUUCCUGGGUUUGGAGAUCGACGGUUUACGGUCGUUUCACUUGAGCCCGAGGACAAUGGAGAUGUUGAGAGGAUACAGAGGGUAUUGGAGCCACUUUAUGAAAUCGGUCUCUCUCAACGUCGAGUUUGCCUUACACAACUGUUUGGAGUGGGUCGGUCAAUGACACCAACACCAAUAUACCACGAUGAGGUCAUCGAUGGGUGGACUUUCAUGGAACAAUACUGGAAGACACCAAUUGUGGGGACCUACCUGGUUUACAGAUUUGUCAAUUCAUUUUUCGACGUACUAGAUGACGGAAUGUUACAGAAAUUGUCAAUUCCGGUUGAAACUGGGUGGACGUUCAAUCUGAGGACUCGUUCAUUCCAGUAUGACGUCAUAACAGCGGCACUCUCCGACGAAGACGAAGAGCCCUAUAUGCAUCGACUGCCCCCACUUCCGCACAAGUGCAAUCCACUGCUCGAUUCCAACGAGAUCGUCCGCGCUGUUCCGGAUCUCUUACAGCUGGUUUCGUCAUUUGCAGAUCUUACGUCAUGGAACCCCCGCCAUCAUAACAUCCUAACAUUUGGCACUGUUAUUGAUCGCAGAAAACCUGGAAUCCUCGCGUACUUUCCGUCCAUCCCAUCUCCUGUGUGGUCCUGUCGGUUUCCUACUAUUGGCACUCCCGACAUCAGUGCCAAGUAUUCGAAAUCAGUCCCUUCGCUAGUUGAUCUCACUUUCGCGAAGAAUCACAAUAAAUGGAAUUUGCAUGUUCAUUUCUCAUUACGACUACCAGAGGAUUCCCGGCGAUUCCGGACUGCCUUCCUUACGCACUCACUUACUCAUCGUCCUCGUGUUCCCGGUGACUUGGUGUUCAUUGAUGAGCUUUGCUUUUUCCUCAACGGCACCUUCACAUCUGAUCCGUCAAGUUGCAAUCCACCGAAAUACCUACAUGUCCCGCCUCUUUCCCCCAAAUGGAUCGACAACAUGCCCUGCCUUCGCUGGCCACCAAACGCCCGAAUCUUUUACUGGUCCUUUGACCGUCGUGGGAGGAUGGAGAUACCAGAAGAGGACUGGGAGAAGUAUGAAAUCCCAAACCUGGAAGUGCAGACAUUUGUCGGGUCAACGUGGCAUAAUGACAAGUAUCAGGCAGUUGCGGAGUAUUUUCAUCUUACCAAGUAUGACCUUGGUGGUCAACAGUUUGCUGACGAUCAUGGGUAUCCGAUUCUCGUCCAAGGUGACCCUCACGCUGCCGAAAUCCAAGCUUCACGAAACACCAUCACGUCCGGGAAAUCGGAAAUGGCAAUUAAAGGUCAAGAAGUCAUUCUAAGUACAUGCUUCUCCAUGACCACUCAGAUUCUUCUCUACCACCACAGACUCACCGGCGGGUUCUCCUUUCUUCGCUUGGCCGGAGAGCUGAAGAUCUUUCAGAGUCCGGAAGGUGGCAUUUAAUCGGAUAGCUGAGAAAACAUAUUGGAGAAACGGCACAUGUUAUACUGGAUGCUCUCGGAAGAGCGAGGCCAACACUGGCCAAAUCCGCGCAGUCAACAACUUGGCAUAGUUUGGCCUGGUAGUAAUACGUUGUGAUAAUCAUUUCCCAAUAAAAUAACAAAUUACAGCG